CGCAUGAAUCUGAGAUCUGAGGCGUACACCUUUGCCAGACGCAGGCGGCUUGUAAAACGAGCGCGCUCGAUCAUUCAUAAAGGCGUGUAUAUUGUUAUGUAGUUCCUCCCUACAUCUGUUGGUUUCCUGGAUGUGAAAAGGGGUUGAACCAGGAGUGGAACAUGGCGAGAAUGGUAAACGAAAACGGGUGUGGACAAGAGUUACAGAGCACAGAGCUAAAUGGACCCGGUCGAGGUACAGCGCGGUGGGGUCCCCAACACGCAGGUGCUCUGGAACUUGCAAAUUUGUAUUCGCCAGGAAAAAGAUGUCAGGAAUGGAUAAGUGUUGUCCUCUGCUUCUCUCUCAUGGCCUUCAACUUUUGUCACCUCCUUGUUAACUUUCACCUGGGGCAUAUGUGGUACAUCCUGUUGGGCAUUGUGGCAGGAAUAUUGACUGCAGACUUUGCCUCUGGUCUAGUCCACUGGGGGGCUGACACCUGGGGAUCUGUGGAGCUACCCAUCGUUGGAAAGGCCUUUAUCCGACCAUUCAGGGAGCAUCACAUUGACCCUACAGCCAUCACCCGCCAUGACUUCAUUGAGACAAAUGGUGACAACUGCAUGCUGACCCUGAUCCCAUUAGCACACAUGGCUUUCAACUUCCUCACCCUCUCGCCUGCGGAGCACUAUCACAACUACCCCUGGCACUGCUAUGUGAUGGCACUAGCCAUUUUCGUUACCCUAACCAACCAGAUUCAUAAGUGGUCGCACACAUACUUUGGGCUGCCAGGCUGGGUGGUCUUUCUACAGAACUGCCACAUCAUCCUGCCCCGCAAGCACCAUCGCAUCCAUCACGUUUCCCCCCACGAGACAUACUUCUGCAUCACCACAGGCUGGCUGAACUAUCCCCUGGAGAAGUUGGGGUUCUGGUCUAGGCUUGAGGAUCUGAUCCAGAGUGUGACUGGGGAGAAGCCCAGGUCUGACGACCUGAAAUGGGCCCACAAAACCAAGUAACCAUGCAGACUGGCUGCAUCGCUACCUCAGGAGUAUUCCGUCUCUUUCUCGCCUAACUCCAGCUGUAACCGAUAGGAGACACCAACAUAAGGAUCUGGUUUCAGAGAUGCCAUAUAGCUUUAAACCUUGCACAUUUUGUCUGGUUAUAACCGUGGAGCGUUUUGUCAAGGGCCCAGGGGUGUUUUCUUAACCCACUGUGGAAAUCUGAGUGGGAAGUGCUUUUGAAAUAACAUUUUGAAAGCACUAAUACAUUGCAAUACUUUCUCAACUCUUCAUCUAGCUCUUUAUUUCUGAUCGUGUAUGUCUAACUUGACUCAACCUUUCUUGAGGUGUAACACUAAAGCCAUUGUCCCCAAAGGGACAGUCAAAUAUUUUUUUCAUCCACUUUACAGACUGAAAAUGCUAAAAAAAAUACCUUUCAAUGAAAACUCAAAAUAUCCCAACCAGAAAUACUUGAAGGGAACAGUUUGCUUUUUUGCAGCACUUCGUGUUUGUUAUUCAUCACUGUUAAAAAGAAAGAAAAAAAAAAAGUCUGGUCAUCUCUCACUGGGUAGCAUGGACACAGUAUUUUGUGUCCUUCAGCUGUCAAGGACUGCCUAUUACCUUAAUUUGCUAUUCACAGUUGAUGCCGGUUAACACUAACUCGCCUACCUAAGAUAUUUUUGCUUAACCUUCUAGUGCAGUGCUGGCUUACAUUUUGUCUACAUCCAAUCGACGUAACUGCUAUGUUCGUCCAGACUUCUCAAACAGCCUUAACAAUCACAGAUGCAGUGAUCUCUUGCCUUUCACUUCUCUAUUGCAGAACCUAUUAUGUAAUGCUUCUGUUCUUUUCAACCGGUGGUUUCCUGUCUUAAAUUUGCAAGUAUCCAUACAGUCAUUCUCAAGUAAUUUGCUAAUCUUUUUUUACACACCACACCCUUUUUUUAAAUCCCAGAAGCAUGGAAGUGGUAAAACACAACAUUACCCUUCAGUGAUUUGCAAGUGCAGUAGAAGAGUAAUCAAAAGUGAUGAAUCAUCAUAAUUAGCAAAAUACCUGAAAUGAAAGUGCUUUGUGUGUAUGCUCUAGUAAUCAUGUUUGUAAAUGAACUGUGCAGCAGAUACCUAUGCAGUCUGACUGGUGGUGAACCUGAACCUUGUCUUAACUACUUUAACCUAAAAAAUGGCCUGGUUGGCUAGAAAUGCUAUUUAUGUUCUUAAAUUCCCUUAACAUAGAAUUCUUUCAUUAUAAAAGGCACUAUUACCUCUCUCUGCAUGUGAUAUUUAUUGUGAUUGUCACAGACCGAACCGUUGACGUACAAAAUUAACGACUGAGGUAAUCGUGUGUGGGAGUUCUUUCAUAAUGAAUUGAACUCUGGGGCUUUUAUUUCCAGCACAAAAACCAGUGACAGUGUGGUGGUGUGCAUGUUAUUCUCCCAUAUAUAAAUGAUUUCCAGAUUAUUUUAAUAUUUGAAAAUAGUUCAGCUUGGGAAGAAUAAAGGCUGUACACAAGAACACUGGUCUCAAAUUCCCUAUUCAAAGGUGUGUCACACUGAUUUACAUACUGUAUACAUGCAUGCAGGUUGGCUUAGGAUCACCAGCUUCCCGUUUGGGCCUUUAUUUUAACAACCCAAAUUGUCACAAUUACUUAAGUUCUAGGCUUACUGUAAUGUGGCAUUUGCAUUCAUAGUUAUGAAGUUUUUAAAAAAAGUGUCAAAUUAAACUAGCUCGGAUAUGUUUUAUUCAGAAGUCAGAAUUACUUUACUGAAAGUUAACAAAGGUCCUUAUUCCUCUGACUCAGUUCAUACAUUUCUCAAUUGUAGGUCAGCAGAAAAAUCCCUGCAGAGUUUGUUUUAUUAUAAGUAGGAUAUUGUAAAAGCUGGGAAAGUGAUUAACAUUUUGUUUCACUACCACUGGUUCUAUUGGGCGUGAAUUAUUUCAGUCAAACCCAACCAGGUUGAUGUAUGAAUAUCUUGUUGGCAGGUACUGUUUAUCAUCCUUCAAAUUAGUUAAUUGUUGGCCAGAAACAUUCAUAGAUCAAUCAUGAAAUAACAUUCUCCUCAAAUGUGUUGUUUUGGUGCAUUUAAUGGAUAUGGUCUUAUGGGUCCUAAAUAAACGGCUGCUAUUAUCCCUGUGGAACCAGAAGUAGUGACACAUACUAUGCAUCAAUUCCAUUGCUUAUUGCUGUUCUGCUUUGUCUAGGCUAGGUCAUAUUAAAGCAGGUGUGAGUUACAUAUUAACUACAAUGUCAUUUAUACUUUUUACUAAGGAUACUAGUAAGUAUUUUAUAGAAGUAGGGAGAGGAUAAUAGUAAAUAAGCAGCUCAAUCAAUAAUUAUGACUACGGCUUCACUAGUUUAUUAAAUAAUUCAGUUGUGUGAAAAGUUUGAAUGGAUAAACAAAUGGCUUUUCAUAUUGGUGAAAUUGUAACCUCUUAUCAGUUGUCUUUCAGAUCAUGUUGCUAUUGACCAAUGCCAAACUUAACUUGAUUGAUGGAUAAUUUAAAAAAUGGUCAGUUUAUAAUGUAGUAUAUGCAAGAUUAUCUGUCAUACUUUUGCCAUUGCAGAUUUGAAGUUACAGGGUAUAAUAUGAUGCAUUAAACCAUGUGUUUAGUACAAACUAUUGCCUAGAUGUAAAUGUGUGAUUAAGUUAUUUUAAUGACCUAAUUGCUUUAAUACAAUAUGUUUUCAAUUAAUGGAUUUAGUUAAAGCUCUUAAGUGUAACAUUUGGUUUGUCUAAAUGAUACAAGAAUAGAGAUGUUGCCUAAUGCACUUAUUUUUCAAAAGAAAGAUCAAUCAUGUUAUAUAAAUGGUUAUUGUUGAUUGUUGGGGUGUGUUUCUGACAUGAGAUUUGUAGUGCUCCUUGGGCCUGAAAGGAUGGCCUUAGCUUACCAGUACAAUAUUGUUGGCCUACUUAUGACUUGCAACCGCACUAUACUAUUCAAUUGAUUUUGCUCUUAAAAAACCUUAAGGAUCUACCCCUUUUCCCCCCAAUUUUUGCCUAAAAUUACAUACCCAAUCUAACUGCCUGUAGCUCAGGACCUGAAGCAAGGAUAUGCAUAUUCUUGAUACCAUUUCAAAGGAAACACUUUGAAGUUUGGAAAUGUGAAAUGAAUGUAGGAGAAUAACACAUUAGAUCUGGUAAAAGAUAAUACAAAGGAAAAAGAAUCAUGUUUUUUUUUGUACCAUCUUCAAAAUGCAAGAGAAAGGCCAUAAUGUAUUAUUCCAGCCCAGGUGCAAUUUAGAUUUUGGUCACUAGAUGACAGCAGUGUAUAUUCAAAGUUUUAGACUGAUCCAAUGAACCAGUGCACAUCUGUUCAAAAUGUAUCAAGACUCCCCAAAUGUGCCUAAUUGGUUUAUUAAUACAUUUUCAAGUUCAUAAUUGGGCACUCUCCUUGAACAAUAGCAUGGUAUUAUUUUACUGUAAUAACUACUGUAAAUUGGACAGUGCAGUUAGAUUAACAAGAAUUUAAGCUUUCUGCCAAUAUCAGAUAUGUCUAUGUCCUGGGAAAUGUUCUUGUUACUUACAUUAGCCUACAUUAGCUCAACCGACCCACCGAUCCUGUAGAGGUUUUAAAUUAUCCAAAAUACAUGUCAUCUUUUCUGAUAUGAAUCCUGUGGAUAUUAGUAAAGUAUGGUUGUGAUGAUGGAAUUUUAGAUAUCAGAAACCAUGCCUUGAUGCCUUUUUGUUGUCUUCCAUGUGGGAGACUUACUGUGUGUGUUAUAUUUAUAAAGAAACUAAACACCAAUA